AUGGUCGACCCCAACGAGUAUACCGUCGGUUGGAUCUGCGCAAUCACUACCGAAUACGUCGCUGCGCAAGCAUUCCUUGACGAAAAGCACGAAAGCUCAGCAUACCUGUCCCCGCAAAAUAAGAAUGACUACACCUUAGGCCGACUCGCGAACCAUAACGUGGUCAUCGCUGUACUGCCAAUCGGCGAAUAUGGCACCUCCUCAGCAGCGCGGGUGGCCGAGACUAUGCUGCACAGCUUUCCGAAUGUGCGAAUCGGCCUGAUGGUCGGCAUCGGCGGAGGUGCGCCAAGUGCAGACCAUGAUAUUCGGCUUGGGGACAUCGUGGUCAGCACCCCUUCGAAUAACCAUGGGGGUGUAUUUCAGUACGACUAUGGCAAGACCAUCCAAGGGCAGAGGUUUUUCCCAACAGGCUACCUAGACCAGCCGCCCGCAGUUCUGCGCGCGGCUGUAAAUGGGCUUCAGGCGCGAUAUGAAAUCGAGGGUCAUCAUUUAGCAGGUGAUAUUGAUCAAGCCUUGGAAAGAAACCCAAGAUUGCGGAAGAAAUACGGACGACCGGAUCCAGCCAGUGAUCGGCUGUACCAAAGUCAUAUUGUUCAUCCUCCACACGACAAAUCUAAUUGUACAAUAAGCUGCGGGGAUGAUCCCUCUACCCUCGUGCUGCGGAACCCUCGUACGGAAGAUGAAGACAGCCCGAUAGUUCAUUAUGGGCUGGUCGCUUCCGCGAAUCAGUUGAUGAAAGAUGCCUGCAUGCGGGAUAAGCUGACUAUGGAAAAGGACGUUCUAUGUUUUGAAAUGGAGGCAGCGGGGCUAAUGAAUCACUUUCCCUGCUUGGUCAUUCGUGGUAUCUGUGACUAUUCUGACUCCCAUAAGAAUAAGGCGUGGCAAGGGUAUGCGGCAAUGGCAGCGGCUGCCUACACGAAGGAUGUAUUGCGUCGGAUCUCUCCUCAACAUGUGCAGGCUGAGAAGAAGAUUAUGGAAAUUCUCUCCACAGUUAAAACUAUCCAUGAGACGACCCAAGAUAUUGAUCGCGGCGUCAAAAGGUUACGCCAGCUCGGCGACGACCAAGAGUACCAAGCUGUCAUUAAUUGGCUUACACCGGUGAACUACGCUCUCCAACAAAAUGAUUUCAUUGCCCGGCGGCAAGAAGGAACUGGAGAGUGGUUCCUGAAUUCAACUGAAUUCAAGCAAUGGCUUAGCCAAAGCAAACAGACCCUAUUCUGUCCUGGUAUGCCUGGAGCAGGUAAAACAAUGAUCACCGCAACCGUAAUCGAUCAUCUUUACCGUACAUACCAGAAUAAGCCCAAGACUAGCAUCACGUAUAUCUAUUGCAAUUUCCGACAGCAGCAUCAACAGCGGUACACCGACCUUCUUCUCAGCCUGUUGAAGCAGCUAGUCCAAGGACAGCCUUUUAUUCCCAAUGCUGUGAGAGUACUUUACGAUGAAUGCAAGGGAAGAGGAAGCCGACCUUCUCACGAAGGAAUCUUAAGUACUCUGUAUAGUGUUGCUGCCUCUUACUCGAGACUUUUUAUCCUCAUCGAUGCACUGGACGAAUGUCAAGUCUCCAAUGAAGAUCGGGAACGAUUUCUCCGCAUAGUCUUUGGUGUUCAGGAGCGGACCAAGGCGAAUAUUCUUGUAACUUCUCGUUUUGUUCAUGAGAUUGAAAAAAGAUUUGGGGAAAGCAUCCGCUUGGAGAUCAGAGCUAGCGACAUGGACGUGCAGCGAUAUAUUGAACAGCGACUGCAAAGCUUUCCAUCCUUCGUUUUACAUAACCCUGCUUUGCAGGCAGAGAUUAAGACUAAUCUUGCUCGGGCAGUUGAGGGAAUGUUUCUUCUCGCAAAGCUUUAUCUUGACUCCUUGGUUUAUAAAACAACACCUAAGGCCAUCAGGUGUGUGCUUGCAGAUCUUGAGGUUACAUCCGCGGAAAGAUCAGACAACGGCCAGAAGUCCAAGGUUCUAGAUCACGCAUACAACCAAGCCAUGGAGCGGAUUCGUGGCCAAGCGCCAGAGCACCAAAAGCUUGCUAAUCGAGUCUUAUCAUGGAUUGCCUGUGCUACAAGGAACCUUACAUUAUCAGAGCUACGGCACGGGCUUGCUGUUGAGUUCAACACACCAGAGCUUGACGAAGACAAUAUGCCAGAUAUUGAACAGGCCGUCUCGGUAUGUGCGGGCUUGGUGAUAGUAGACGAAAAGAGUAACGCAGUUCGGCUUGUCCACUAUACAACGCAAGAGUAUUUUGAACGUACCUACAACGAAUGGUUUUUUCAGGGGCAUAUUAAUAUUACAAAAGCUUGUCUGACCUACUUAUCGUUUAAAGAUUUCGAUGGUGACCAUUUCCUAACCCCAAUGAAAAUGGCCAUGAGAACAUGGUCAAAUCCUCUGUAUUAUUAUGCUGCGUUGAAUUGGGGAUACCAUGCCAGAAAGGCCUACAUGGAAGAAGACAAGCUUGUCUUAGACUUCAUCCAUAACACGUCCAAAUUGUUGGUCUGCGGUCAUUUUAUACGACAAGGCCAGCUUGGCCGUGGUCUUGGGAGUGUAGAUAUGGAAAGCAUGCACCUUACAGCGUGUCUAGGGCUAUCAAAGUCCAUGUCAAUUCUGCUAGAAGGAUCACAUGAUGUCGAUCCAAGAGAUUCCCUUUACAUGACUCCACUACUGUGGGCUGCCAUGCAGGGCCACGAAGCAGCAGUAAAGCUACUUCUAGAAAAUGGCGCAGACGUUAACUCAGCAGAUGCAUGGGGAAUGACUUCACUGUCCUGGGCUGCCAAAAGGGGUCAUGAAGCUGUGGUUAAGCUCCUGCUGGAAUGGAGUGCUGAUACCGAGGAAAAGACUCGCAAGGGCGACACGCCUCUUAUUAUGGCCGCUGAAGAAGGCCAUGAGGCGGUGGUACGAGCUCUACUCGGCGGAAAUGCUAUAAUUGAAGCAAGAAACAAGUCCGGAUAUACUGCACUUUUAUUGGCUGUUCAAAAUGGGCAUGAGGCGGUUGUCAGUCUCCUGCUGGAGAAGGGUGCUAAUACUGAAAUCAAGGGGUACCUUGACAGAACUCCGUUGCUGAUAGCCGUUGAAAAUCGUGAUGAUGCAAUGGUAAGGCUGUUGCUCAAUAAGAACCCCAAUAUAGAGGCAAGAGAUUCGAAAGGCCUGACCCCGCUCUCAUUAGCCGCUUGGGGCGGCGAUGAGACGGUAGUGCGACGUCUGCUAGAGAGGAAUGCGAAUAUAAAUUCGAAGUGCGGCAGGGGCUUCACUGCGUUCUAUUUAGCAGCCAAAGGUGGUCAUAAAGCCGUGGCAGAUCUUCUUAAAGAGGCAAGAGCAUUAUAG